ACCACUACAGAGCUGGACCCUACACAGACUCUUUUCCUACUUUUAGACAAUGCUGGACAGAAACAAGUAUUUUGAUAACACACUUGGAACGCUGGAGCAGACGAGUCUGAGGAUGUUUAACCGUUGAUGCUUAAUUCUGCAAAGAACAACUAAGAGCAUCCGUGCCGUUUUAUUUUCAACAUCCCAGAGGAAAGAAAACCAGACGGACAGAGAUGGAGACAAGCCAGGCGCCUCCAAAGCCCCCAAGACUCACAGUAGAAGAAGAAAACGCACUGGUGUCCCAAGUGCUGGAGAUCAUAGGUGGGAUCACUCUGGGGGCCAUGCAGACCCUGGAUCCACCUGAGGAGAGAGAUGUGUGGUCAGUGGAGGAGGGAGACGACUCUGUGUUCUACAGCGACGAGGACCAAUCCCAUCAGGAUGUAAAAGGCGAGGCAUGUUGUGAUGCUGGUGUGGAACCCGUCCCUCAGAGGGAGGGUGACAAGGAAAAUUUAGAGAUGGAGAAGCCAACGACUCUCCAGACCGAGCGAGAAGAGGAAUGCCAAGAGCUCCAGAGUCAAAACACUGAACUCAUGCAUGAGUCAGAUUCUACACAUGCUAAAGAAGCAGAGGCUGAUCAAAGUCCAGAGACCUUAGUGAGCACUAGUGGAGAAUCUCUGCAGCCAAACUGUACAAAUGCAGACGUGCAAACACAGGCUGGGCCGGAUGUAUCAUCAGACACAGCAAAUCUGCAAGUCAAAGAGGAGAAAGAGGCUGAGACACCAAACCCUGAAUCUUCACAUGUAACUGAGAGUAGUGCGAGGCUGAGUGAGGAGGCAGACAUUCUGAAAGAAAUGUCUGAUGACGAUGGUGACAGAAAAAUGAAGGAAAAGCAGAGGUCUGAGCAGGACCGCAACUCCCAUGAUCCUGUGGGGUUUCAUCAGGGCUCCACCUGUCGGGGCUACUCCACCCUGCCUGCACAGAAGAAACACCCUGACCAGAAGUCCUUCGAUCACCUCAACUUGUCCAAGUACAGCACAGUGUCCUACCGCAAGAUCCGCCGGGGCAACACCCGCCAGAAGGUCGAGGAGUUUGAGUACAUGAUUAUGAACUUGUAAGAAACUGCUGGAUAUGAACCACAUGUAUAUCCUGUAUCACACAGUUUCCAUAUUUAUUAUUAGUAUUAAAAUCUUGUAGAUUGCAGUGAAGUGGUUUGAUAUAACUCUCCAGGACACACAAAACUAACUGUUACUGUUUACAUCUGUUUUGGUUUCAACCUGGAAACAUCAUUAUGUAAGGCAGGUAUUUAAAGAGCAGAUUAAAAGAAUAAGAAGCUCUGAGAUUUAUAAUCCGACUAAAUGUAAUAGGUAAGAUGUUGUUUGGUAUUAGAGCUUCAGGAUCUAAACCUCUGGAGAGACUC